AUGGCUUUGAAACGUCAUACACGGAAUAUUACCUUGGGUGAGCUAGGAAGUAUGGGAAUGACUAGCGCUAAAAACUCUUUAUUUCGCAUCAGAGGAAAUAUCUCAAAUUACCACUUUGCUGAUCACAUACACAUCAUGAUAGAUGCCAAAGAUGAUAACGGAAGGCAACGCGUUCUUGGUGGUGAUAUAUGGAAACCAAUGAUGUUAAAUCCAAAUCUCAAAUCCAGUGUAAUGGGCAAUGUAGUUGACUAUGACAACGGUACAUACAGUAUAUACUUCUUCGCUGCAUGGAGUGGGGAAGCGUUCAUUGAUAUUCAGCUUGUUCAUACUCGCGAUGCCGCACUGUACAUUGAGGACGUCUUCAGAAAAACGGAAAAAAUGACGUGGCAAGGUGUCUACAGCAGAGGUGGCUUAGAAGAGACGAGUGUGUGUCACCUGCGUCGUGAGGGGACGUGGGCAAAUCAAUGUGAACACAUGAGAAAUCUACAUUUUGGUAGAACGCUCAUUUUGUGUGAAAAACCAGUGAAUCUGACAUGUGGGGACUUAAAAUUUUUUCAUACAGCAAGUGUAUCAUUGGACAAUAAGCAACAUCUGGAAGACAUGUUUAACAGGUGUAAUAAACUUAACUAUGAUGCCACUGCCACACGAUUAAUCACAGAUAAGUUCUUGCCUAUUGACUUGUGUAGAGCUCGGGCUUCUAACAGACAACUGAACAACUAUUUGAUUAGGACUCAGGAUGUUCAGGAUGAAAUAUUUCAG